GUCCCCACAGAGUGUGAGAAAGGUUUGGACUCAAGCUACUGUUGGAAAACUUUGCCCCAAGGACUUGCCAUUAAGACAUCAAAAAUCCAAGGUGCUGGUCUUGGAGUUGUAGCAACUAAAUUUUUUCCAGCUCGAACCAGAUUUGGACCAUAUGUUGGAAAGAAAGAGAAAAAUGAAGAAGUCGCCCAUGAGUCUGGCUAUAGUUGGCAAGUAAGUCAUGGUUAGGAUGCUACAAAUGUUUCUAAUUUUAAGUCAAAUUUAGAAUUCCUAAAUAAUAUAAUAAACUUGAUUUAUUUGUGGCAUACAACAUGGCAAAAUUUUUAAUAAUAUAUAACUGAUAGAUGCAGCUAUUAACAUGUCCAGUCACAUGCAAAUGCAAAGAGCUGCUGCAUUGUACACCACAGAAAAGUUCCCAUGAUCCUAAAUGAGUGUAUAUUUAUAGCUCAUCAAUACCGAUUGAAAGAAUGACAAGUAAUGGUAACCACCACUCACUUGAAGUUCUGAAAACUUAAGGACUGAAAGGAUGGCAAAUAUUAACCUUUAGGAGAUGAAAGGGCUGAACUACAGGCCUAAGAGUCAAAUGGCAAAAAAGACAAAUUGCUGAUCUGUCUCCCCGAUAAAACAAGCCUUAAGAUUGGCUAGCGGGCCUUUGUACCAGCUAAUCAGAUUGCUUCUUGCAGUUCUUGUAAAUCCUGACAUUUUAAUGGUGGCUUCUUCUUCUUCUAUAUCUUAAGGGCCCUAUGCAUGUACAUGGGAUUUGCAAUGUUUCUGUUCCAGCUUUCAUUGAUUGUUGACUAGAUUCUGUUGUUUACGUGGAUGCUUUUGUGUGUUGCAAGUAGUAUCGUAAAAGUCCAACAAUGACACUGAUCAAAGUAUCUUUUGUGAUUCCGAUAUUUCCUUUCCUAGCUGUGAAUAUGAAGCUCAAACCAAUGAAAACAACCAGGAAAGGGAUUAAAAAGAUGAAAAUGAUGAUGGUGGAUUUUAAUUUUCUUGAUCCUUACCUGGUUUAGGAUUAGGGAAUCCUAUGAAUUCUUCAAAGAUAUUUGGCCUGUAAAUAUGUAAGGAAACAUGAGCAUCCCAGUGCAGUACUUUAUUCUAUAUUUUUACUUUAAAGAUCAUUCAAAUGUUUGCAAGAUAACCCAAAAAUCUAUACUGACAUCAUUCUAAGUCAUUCAGCUCAAGAAAAAGUCCCUAGAUCAAAAUGGCUGCCUGUUAACAGUGUGUGAAAUGAAGGCAUUUAUUUCCAUGAUUUUAAAACUGGGUUUGAUCCAUAAACCAACAGUUAAGUCCUACUGGAGUGCUUAAGUCCUACUGGAGUGCUUAAGUCCUACUGGAGUGCUUAAGUCCUACUGGAGUGCUUAAGUCCUACUGGAGUACUUAAGUCCUACUGGAGUACUUAAGUCCUACUGGAGUACUUAAGUCCUACUGGAGUACUUAAGUCCUACUGGAGUACUUAAGUCCUACUGGAGUACAUCCAGCUCAUAAACACCAUGUCAUGUGCAGAUAUAGGUUUGAAUUAAUCUUGAAUUGUUUUUCAAAUGGUUGACAGCACACAUUUGCACAAGAUGGCUAUGACUUUUGCACACUGUUAAUCCAUGAGUUGAACAUGCAAAUCAUAUUUUAGACAACACUAUAAACCAACUAAAAGAGAUGUGUAGAUGAAAGCCAAAUAGGUACUAAAAGAAAGAUCCAGUUGAUCCAGUAUCUUCCAAACAAGCACCAUCGUAAAUGGAUAGUACCGUACAACUUUAUACGGUUUGUGAUUCUGUAUCAGCCUGUUUUUAUUUUUCAUCUACCGGUUCAAGGCCAAGCAGCUAUGAUCAAGGGCUUGCUCACAGAGUUGAAUGAGAUUACUCAGAUUGGGCUCAUAUUUAAGGAGGGCGUACCACCUGUUUGUAGACGUCUUUUUCCACAAGUAUGCCACUCGUGCAUGAGUUAGCCAAUCAUCGCACACAUACAACUGGAACUAACGGCCACAACAGAAAAGAACUGACAAAAAGUUUGAAAGUCAAAAUGCAACCUGGGCAGAUCAUUACAUACGGGCACGACGAAACACUGACAACAGCAUACAGAGGGAAGAAGGUCCAAAAAACACUCUGUGUUGCUAAUAUCAACAAAGAGCAAACCAGUUACAAGAGAAAUGGCGGUGAGGCAUACCAUAAUGCAAAGGCUUACCACAUAUUGCAAACAAACAAAAACAAAGUGAUUUUUAGAUAACACAAACAUUUGGGUGGGAUUUAUCAGACUGACAUAUUUUUAUCUGGAUGAAAGAAAAACCAUCAAGUACAGGAAGAAGGUUAAAUUCAGCAUUGUUUGACGCAUGCUGUUCAGUGCCUAUGUUCUAUACAAAUAACACUUAACAGGAAAAGUUACGAAAAGAUGUAAAUGUAACCCUUCCGUCAUUGAAGCACUUUGAAAUGAACAUAUAUAAAAUAAAGAUGGUAGCCUACAGAAGUUGCCACAGGAGCAGGUGUGUGUGCCCUGUGCCCAACAAUGGUGUAAGGGACUGCUGCAUCUGUAUCAACCAAAAAAAUAGUCAGAGGCAGGAAAACAAGUAAAACCAUGUGCCAAAGGUUUCUGAAUGUCCUCCAUGAGCCUUGGCUCCCAAAACACAAGUGUUAGCACUUAUUCAGGCAUCAUCCAUCCAAAAAUUCACCCAAAUUUUAAGAGUCAUGUUUAUUUUAAGUCUAACAAAAAGUACAUGCAUAAAUUAUGCAAAUUAAAUAGCUCAAUUGAAUAAAUUUUUUGAUUUCAAAUUGAUUCAUAAAGAGUGUAUUAGUUCAAUUAAUUUCCUACAAGAAUAUAUAAUAUGUUAAGUUAUUAGUUUAAUUUUUAAAUAAUUUUUUUUGCAAUAAAGUGUUAGUAUGUCUUCUUGGCACUGAAACUCCAAAUUAGGCCCUAUUUCCAAAGAGGUUGAAUUUUUAAAAUUAUUUCCAGUGGGAAGGUAUUACUUCAAAAUCUUCUGCCUUUUACCUGCACUCUCUUUGGUUAUACCAUGCAAGUCAACUCCAAAAGAAAAAAAUGGCUGAUGGAAUAAUUAAGACAGUCUGACUUUAAACUAAAUAUAUUUCCUGAGGGACUGUUGGUGCCAAGUGGAUGAUCCAUUUGGGUCUGCAUGGAAAUUGGGAUAUUACUUGGGGGAAAGAUAAGGCUGCACACAAAAAAUACUCACCCAAGCUUUGUAGUUUUGCUUGAGAGACUUUGAGCUAGAUCACACGUCAUCUUUAGUAGAUAUUUUGAUGCUUGCUAUAUUGCUUUAAAUUCUGGGUUAUGCUCUUCUACAUAACUUGAACAUGUUAUUGUGUAUCAAAGAAUUUUUUAGCCUUUUGUAACGCAAUGUGCACAAUAAUUGAUUUUGUGUGGACAAUUAUUCCUUCUUGCUUUUUGUCUCUCCCUGUGGAAACAUGAGCUGAUUAGCUCUUGUUGCAUUGAAUGGUUAGUGGAAACAUUAUCUGGUUUGCUCUUGUAGUAUUGAAUAGCAUGCUGGGUGGCCGAGCGAUUUAAACUGACUCAUACCCAAUAGCUGGAGGUCUGGAGUUCAGCCCCGCACCAAAGCCAACUUCCCACGCACCCCGGGUGGAUGUGACUUGCUACUCAUCUAAGAGAAGGCAAACUAUGAAUUCAACACAGGAGCCAGAAUGAUCAAAUAUAAUAAGUUUGUGGAAACAAUCUUGUUAGCUCUUGUUGCAAUGAAUAGUUAAUCCAUUUUUCUAUUCCUGGGUAUCUACCACUCACCCUCUCACAGAUCCCAUAUUAUGAUAUAUUGUAAUAUGAAGCCUCAAUCUCUUUUCUUGGUUUUCCCCACUCACUCUACCACUGAACCAUCUGUAGAUAUGUAGAUUUCAGAGGGGUGCUUAACAUUUUAGCUGAAUAAAUCGAAUGUCACUUUCAAACAGAUUUUGCUGUGCAGUGUUUAAUUUGAAUGAAAGGUAGAUAAUGUUGUAACUAGUUUGAUGAAUUAUAUUAAGUUAAUAUGCAUUACCCUUAAAUAGUGUGAACCUUUAUAUUAUUUACCCAUAUAGUGUGAAGAGAGGCUAUAGUGGACCCUAUUAAUUACCCUUAUCGUAUACUGUAAUGAGAGUUUAUAGUGGAUGACCCUAUUAAUUACCCUUAGCUUAUAUUAUGUGAAAAGAAUUUACAGUACACAGCUAUAUUUUGUAAACCAUUUAAAAGUGACUUAUGAAAUAUGCAAACCAUUUUUGCCUGAACGGAUGAGUUGGAUAUAAUUAUUUGACAGUAAUUUUUAAAAACUGUAUUAAAAAUAUUUGCCUGUAUUCCUUAAAUAUUCACCAAAAAUCUCAUCAUAUCUUUAACAUUUUAAGAUCUAUAAAGAUGGCAAGCCUUCACACGUUGUUAAUGGCAGUGACCCGAGUGACUCUAAUUGGAUGAGAUUUGUCAACUGUGCUAGGCAUGAAGACGAGCAGUGUGUAACUGCCUACCAACAUGGAGGAGAAAUCUAUUACAGAACUCAUAAGGAUGUUCAUCCUGGCACAGAAAUACUGGUGAGACAUUGAACCAACACUGUUACUGUGGCUGUUUAUUGAAACAGCUUGCAUUAGCUUUAGGGUCAUAUUUACUAACCAAGCAAUUAUCAGUUUUGAAUGCAUAGAUUAUUAGAUAAGGGGCCAUCAAUAUAAUAUGUAUGCAGUGAGUUUGGGCAGCAGUUGUUGAUUUUGAUGUUGGGUAUGGCCGGAUGGAUGUCUCAACAGAAAGUAUGUAAAUUUACUCAAACAUUUUGUAUUAAUGAUUCUGCAUUAAUGAUCCAUAAAUUCUGACAGUCAAUUUAAUACAGUGAUUCUCAAACCUUUUUUGUCCACAUCCUCCCUUGAGGUCCUAAACAUAUCCUUAUCAUCCACCUAUCUUAACCCAUUAAAAGAAUGUCCGAAUAUUUGUUUUGUUCAAGACUUUAAAGGGAAAAUUAUAAAAUCACAAAAUCACACAUUAUUAUUAUUAUUUAUUUCAACAAUUUACAAAUAAAGUUGAUUAGCUUCCAACGAUAAUACGACCCCCACUUUUAAAGUAGGAUAAUUAUAAAUAAAGAAUUUUAUAGAUGACAUAAUAUUGGUUACUAACUUUCCUCACUGUUCAAAUGCUCUUAAUGCUUUAAUAGGCUUCCUGAAGUGAUAUCAGUGUGUCUUUGAAAACAUAUUAGCUAGACUUUUAAAUGGCCUGGUUCAGUAAUCUGGAUCCUAUUUCUUUCCUUGGAAAAAAACUGAACAACACCAUUAAGACCAAGUUCCAACAACUAUGAUGUUGUAAAACAACAAGAAGUCUCUCAACAACUUUUCAGAGUGCAGGACAUUGAUUUGAAAUUUCUUUUAGCAGCCGAAACUCUUAGUAUGAGCUUCUGAAAUUUGAAGCUUAAUUAAAUCUCUUCACUUGUCUCACUGUCCAAAAAAUGGACUUAUCAAACAAAAUGGAAUGUUAAUCAAAAGUAGCUUAGACAAUGUCUUUAUGUGGAAUAUCUAAAUUGCCAAAAACCACUUCAACAUCAUUAUCUGGUAUCCCACCUUUCUCUUCUAGUCCGGACAUGUUUGGAAAUCGGAAUAACUAAAAAUGGCCAACAAUGCAUUUGAAUAGAAUCAAUUAAGAUACAAAUGUAGAGAUAAUUGAAUUGGUUUUGAUGAGUUUAUUCUUAUUUUAUUGCAACUGUCAAGUUAUUUGAUUACAUUUGGCAAAUUUAUCUGAUGAAUAAUCAGUGCUCUUUUUAUAUGGUAGUGAUCAACAAGAUUUUUAGCAAGCAGAUGUUGGCAAUUAAUGACACAAUGAAUAGUAAAGAAAUUUGGCGCAGCUUUUUAAAAAAAAAAAAAAAGCAAACCCAGGGUAGUAACCAGUCAUUGAUGGUGCUCCAGCAUUUGUAACCUGUCAUUGAUGGUGCUCCAUCAUUUGUAACCUGUCAUUGAUGGUGCUCCAUCAUUUGUAAGCAGUCAUUGAUGGUGCUCCAGCAUUUGUAACCAGUCAUUGAUGGUGCUCCAUCAUUUGUAACCAGUCAUUGAUGGUGCUCUAUCAUUUGUAACCAGUCAUUGAUGGUGCUCCAUCAUUUGUAACCAGUCAUUGAUGGUGCUCCAUCAUUUGUAACCAGUCAUUGAUGGUGCUCCAGCAUUUGUAACCAGUCAUUGAUGGUGCUCCAUCAUUUGUAACCAGUCAUUGAUGGUGCUCCAUCAUUUGUAACCAGUCAUUGAUGGUGCUCCAUCAUUUGUAACCAGUCAUUGAUGGUGCUCCAGCAUUUGUAACCAGUCAUUGAUGGUGCUCCAUCAUUUGUAACCAGUCAUUGAUGGUGCUCCAUCAUUUGUAACCAGUCAUUGAUGGUGCUCCAUCAUUUGUAACCAGUCAUUGAUGGUGCUCCAUCAUUUGUAACCAGUCAUUGAUGGUGCUCCAUCAUUUGUAACCAGUCAUUGAUGGUGCUCCAUCAUUUGUAACCAGUCAUUGAUGGUGCUCUAUCAUUUGUAACCAGUCAUUGAUGGUGCUCCAUCAUUUGUAACCAGUCAUUGAUGGUGCUCCAUCAUUUGUAACCAGUCAUUGAUGGUGCUCUAUCAUUUGUAACCAGUCAUUGAUGGUGCUCCAGCAUUUGUAACCAGUCAUUGAUGGUGCUCCAUCAUUUGUAACCAGUCAUUGAUGGUGCUCCAUCAUUUGUAACUAGUCAUUGAUGGUGCUCCAUCAUUUGUAACUAGUCAUUGAUGGUGCUCCAUCAUUUGUAACCAGUCAUUGAUGGUGCUCCAGCAUUUGUAACCAGUCAUUGAUGGUGCUCCAGCAUUUGUAACUAGUCAUUGAUGGUGCUCCAGCAUUUGUAACUAGUCAUUGAUGGUGCUCCAGCAUUUGUAACCAGUCAUUGAUGGUGCUCCAGCAUUUGUAACUAGUCAUUGAUGGUGCUCCAUCAUUUGUAACCAGUCAUUGAUGGUGCUCCAGCAUUUGUAACCAGUCAUUGAUGGUGCUCCAGCAUUUGUAACUAGUCAUUGAUGGUGCUCCAUAAUUUGUAACCAGUCAUUGAUGGUGCUCCAUCAUUUGUAACCAGUCAUUGAUGGUGCUCCAUCAUUUGUAACCAGUCAUUGAUGGUUCUUCAUCAGUUGCCCUAGCAAGCAUGUUAUUUUGGAGAAUUUACUUGUCAUUGAAGAAUUGCUCAGCAGUAUGAAAUAUUGACUCCCCUUUUGGUAUCUCUUCUUUCUGUCUCGCAUAUAAUAAUACUUGUUAAAUCAAAGUCAUCUCAACCAGUUGCAAUGCAAAUUCUGUUGACAUUAGCGUACUACACAAAGCAUUUCCAGUUUUAUUAUUCUUAGCCAUUUUAUUUAUAGAUCUUUGGACUGAACUGUACCAUCUUAAUUAUGUAGUUUGGUGACUAUGUGGGUCUCUUUUGAAGAUUGUAACUCUCAUUCUGGUAUCCAGGAUGAAAUCAACUCGAUUAAAAGUAUGUCAGAAACUGAAUUAAACUGUAUAAGAUGCUUUUUAAAAUAAAAUAAUUGCUUAGUUGUUUUGAUCUUUUAUGGAAUUGAAAAUGGUAUUAAGGUUACUCAAGAGGUUGGUCACUUGUUACUAUUUGCCUCAUUUCCCCCUACUUAGCCCAAGGUACAGAUAAGCAGCUAAUACUAUGUUUGAUCUUUGCGUUAAAUGCAUUUUGUAUUCAUAACAGGUCACAAAUAGUUUGUAACAAGGGGUUGUUCAGUUAAAAAACAAUUGGAAUUAUUAAUAAAAAACAUAUGCUAUUAUGAAUAUGUCUUACUAGGUUGAAUUUGGAGUAAAAAUUAUACACCUUGUAAUAUAAAAUAAAAGUAGUUCAUUUCCAAGAAUCAACCCUAUUUAAAGGCCUUUUUAGUUGUUCAAUAUAACGUGGUAAGGGUCACUUUGAUUUUAUAUAAAUGUGGUCGUGACUUCAAAACACUUAAGGUCAUCAGUACUAGAGCUGCUGGUUAAUAAUUCAGCGCAGUUAACUAGUUUUAAAAAGUCAUGGCAUACAGCGAUAAUUUGUGAAAAUCUGCGACAUGGUAAUAUAUUGUUCUAAGAUAAGAAAAUUGUCACUGCAGCAGAGAAAUCCCACUUGACAAAUUGAAUUCUGGGGGUUGCCAAACAAAGGGUCCUAAACAAAGGCUGAAGAUAAGUAUCUCCUGGCGAGAUGCUCAAAAUGCCUUUCUCAGUGUGAAAUCUUGGGCUAGAGAGGCCUAAUUAGAUGCAUUAUAUGUAUAUCUAGAGGAUUUAGCAUGUGUUGUGUUUGAUUAAAAUUUAGUUUUAGCAACAAAGAAUUGUAUUUUUAAUCAAAGUAUUGAUUUACCAACCACAGCUUAGGCUCUAACCUAUAAAAAUGCUAUUAUACUAUAAUGCUUAGAAAAUAAUCAGAUGAAUAUGGAAUAAGAGGGUAAAGAAGAGCUUCAGUCUUCUUUGUUAAGAAGUUCUGAGAAAUUGACUUAUUUGUUCUCUAAACUUAAUAAGAUGUAUUUUUUAUAUAUUGAUGUCAGGUAUAUAAUGGUGACAAAUUAUUUAUUCAAUGUAUUUAUACUGUUAUCAGGUAUACUAUGGGGACAGUUAUGCUAAAGAGUUAGGAAUAGACAUGCAGGUUGUUGGCAAAGUAAGCAGA